AUGGAACGGCUGUCACAUGAGCUGAUAUGGCUGGUGCAAAUAACCCUUCUAUCGUCGCCCCUUAUGGUUUGUGAACUUGCCGAGCUGUCGUCGGAGUUCUCAUCAAUCUCCACUGGUUACGAUGAUGCGUGGAAGAAUCACACGAACCUGCCGUUCAAGCUCAUUAUAGAAGUGGAAGGACCAGCACGAAUCGUUAUCCGAACGGGUAAUCUCGAAGGCCGACAAAUUCGGAUCAGCUUGUUCCAUGAGCACUAUCGAAUUCCCACUCCACCGGGACCAGUUACGUUACCAGUUGAACCGCCACAAUGCGUGAGACGUCGUGUGGAGACCCAUUCAACACCUACCCAGACUUCCAUCACUCCAAGAACUAAUCAAAGUCUUGGAAGUCGUGUCUACAAAGCUAUCGCUGCAUCGACGGCGGCGAAACUCGUUCUCGUACUAUCGCUGUUGGCAGCUUUGGCUGCUUUGAUAUAUGCCGGAGUGUUCGGUGCAACAUUCGGACCACAUCUUAUUUAUGUUGAAUGGACCACCACCAACUUAAGAAAGAUCUGA